GCCCCGCGGAGAACGCGGGGUGUCUGGAAAAUGGAGAAGACUUUGAACAGAAUUCAUCCAGUUUCUGAUCCAGAAGAAACAUAUUUUCUACAAGUAUCAUGGGAAAAAGAUUUAGGCACGGGCUUUGGUAUUAUACUUAGUGAUGGUCAAUGUGCAUGGACUGGGAAAGUGUCUGAAGGUGAAAUUUCUAGGGAGGCUGCUGACAUGGAAAUGAAUAGAGAAAAAUAUGUUGAAGAACUGAAGAAAGCAUUGAUAGCUGGAGAAGAAUCAGCUGGCAAAUACAACUUUGCUAUUUCAAGAGAUAAAGAAAAUACGGAGUGUCACUUCUCCUACGAAAGAAAUCUGAAAGAUGGCUCUUUUAGACUUGGAUCUUUGAAGCUACAGAAAGUUUCGAGUCCGGCGGAGGUGGUUAAGGAGCUGCUUGGUUAUUGCCUGGACUGCCUGGGAAGACUGCAGGCAAAAAAUGAGCAUCUGCAGAAAGAAAAUGAAAGGCUUUUCAGCAACUGGAGCGAUGUGGAGAAGCGGUUGGAAAAAUGUGUGGAAGCUAAAGAAGAACUAGAGUCAGAUCUCUAUAACCGGUUUAUUUUGGUGCUGAAUGAAAAGAAAGCGAAGAUAAGAAACUUACAGAAGCUGUUGAACGACGCUAAAGAAUCUGCAGCAGAUGCCAAAUGUACAAGGGAUACUGCUGCUUCCAGUCAGAUGGGUACAAGGAGAGAAAAUGACUAUGAUGGCAGCACUGAUGAGGAAAGUGAAAAUUUAACACAGGUCUUGUUACCAUCAGCACCAGAACGAAAGGAUUCCCUUCUGGGUAGUCCAGAUGUCAUUGAUGCUGCUCCAAGAAGAAAGCGAAGACAAAGAACAGCAAUGCCUGCUGGGACAGGAGCUAAGAUGGCUACUUAUGAGACAGAACUGCCAGCCAAGGAAAAACCUGAUCUGGCCUCACAGAAGACAUCAGGCAAGAAUUCCCCGGAUGAGAUGUCUCUCGAAACACUGGAAAACACUUGUGAGCCAGAGGACCUCUUUGAUGACAUCUAGCUACGUGUUAGCUGAGAAACUAAGAGACUGGCACUCCUGACACCGUUGAGCUGUAAAACUAAAAGCCUUUGUUAUAGACACUGAGCCGAAAUCUUUGCUCUGAGGUGGUAUUCGAUGACAUACAGCUCAAAUCCUCUUGUACUGCACGUGUCCCCAUUCUUCGCUACGCGGUUGUAGACCCUUGGCCUGCUAUGCUUGAUUUGUGAUGGCCUUGACAUCACUUUAGCCUCUCUGUAGAUCUUUUAGCAUGUGUAUAUGGGGAAGGAGGCCACCAUCAUAGCAUUUUUACAUCCUAAGAGUGUCUGACUGCUGAUUGUAACCAGCAUCAACUGGUUUCCAGAUGUCCCCAGAGAGUAAAUCAGGCAUAAAGAAGACUUAAGGCUACGGCUGUACUUACCUUAUAUACUGCUGCUUUCCUGAGAAGCUCAGCCUAGAUGCAGUCUAGCUAAAUCACCUUCAACUUUGAUUGAGAUAUAUCUUCAAAAAUGGUGAGUUUAGAAUCAGGUCUUCUGUCAUGAAGCAUCCAAAGAAAUGUCCUUUGGCUUUUUGCUUGAAGGUUCUCUGCGGCAUUAUGCACUGUAAGGUGUAUUCUUGCUUUUGGGAGUAAAGUGCUUAUAAAGUCAAUGUUGAAUCCAUUUUAACCUUCCAUACAAACCCAUAGCCUUUAAAAUUGCCAUUUUUGAUACUUCAUUGUUUUUCUUAGGGUGAUUUCUAAAAAAAUAAAACGCACUCUAAAAAUACAUCAAUUUUGUUUUUUAUUUGCUUAGGCACUCUGUGAGUAAAGGUGCUAGUGAGCAAAAUGUGUUAAUCCAACCUCUUCCUACCCAACGCUGAUGGAUUCAUGCAGAUUUAAGGCUUUAUUACAAAAAGUGUUAGCAGUGUGUAUUUACCUUCAGCGGUCAAGAGUCUACAGAACUCGGCGUGCGUGUCAGGUUUCUGCUUUGCAAUUCUAGGAGCCUGAAUCAAUUCUUGUUUAAGGCAGAGGGAGCCAGUUCUUCUGCCCCAGAAGGGAUGUGAUCCAGCACGAGUUUGAAAUGUGGGAGUAAUCCCGUUGAAGUCAGCAGGACUGUGCAACAUUGACCUGCUCCUGUGUGCUAUGGCUUGGAACGGUCCUUGGAAGCUACUUGGUUAGAUUAUUUAGGCCCUGGUUCUGCCAAAAUUCAAUCCUAUAUUUAACUAAAGGCAUCCAUGUCGAUAUUUGCAGGAUCAGGGCCUCAUCUAAGAAUUUAAGUGAGGAUCCAGGAAUAUUGUAUUUGAGCAUUCCUUUCUGAAAAACAUGGCCACGGCAUUUUGAAUUCACAAAGGGCUUUGGGACAAUGUUAUAAAUCACACAGUAAAAACAUGAAUGGCCAAAAUAUUUUGCUUGCUACAAAGGCUGUGUGCUUGAGAAAUGAGAGGACCACAACAGACCUAUUCAUGCAUCCAUUCAUAGACGUUGCCUGAUUUUAAAUCUUCCAGUGCUGAUCUGACAAUGCUUUCAGCAAAAGCUUGUGUAGAGUUUCAGCUUAAAUGUGAAAAUGUUCCAUGACUUGACCUGAAAUAGAAGAGCUUGGUUCAGUUGUGCCUGCAGCAGGAAGUGAAGGUAAAUGGAGGUGAACAUCCUGCAAAACUCCGCAUUUAAGGAACUGUUGGUUUCUAACAGUAAAAUGUUGUUGCAUCAAUAGGAGGUGUUACACAUAGUUGGUAGAUGUAAUAAAAUCUGUCAGAAUGUUUAUUCUUUUAUCUUUUCUCGAGGUUUAUAUAGAAUUAAGCCAGGAGUUGAGCAGAAAAUGAUGUGAUGGCAGGUACAUACCUUGGAUUGUGUGGGCACAUGCAUGUCAUUUAGUUAGGGUGGCCAAUCCCCAGUCACCUGGGACUGUGUAUAGGCAUGGGGACACCUCCUCUCCCCUCAGAGCCUACCUACAAUACAUCGGUCUCCACAGCCCUGUGACAAGUGUUAGUGAAAUGCUCCUUUCUGAAGAUUUCUGUGAGAAUCUAUUGCUUUUCUGCCAAUAAGGUUCCGGUUGACUUUGAAGAGGAAAAGACCCACCCAAGUGAGCACAAAUUAUUUGUGAGAGCAGAGGUAGUAUUGCAAAAGCUAAAGAAUGUCAGCAAAACAUCUUUGUGAUGCGUGUUUGACCUCAGGAAGUGGGGACAUCCACUUUACCCUCAAACUCAUUCGUCCCAAUGCAUUGAAAUAGACCCAAUCGCCUUCAUUGGGCAAGCCAAGAAAAAUCUUUUCCAAACUAACCUGUGAUGUUUGGGAAGGAAACUCAGCAAUAGCACCUCAUGACAUUUUAUUUUUUUUUAAUCUACUAAAUUAAUAGGGUACUCUGCUGCUUGGUUAAGUCUCCAAGAAAUGCUGGGAUUUUCGCUAGCCCUCCAUGGUGAUGGAGCUCCUGCUGUGAGGGGCUUUCCAAAGCUUACAGAGCAGAAGUGUUCCCUUGUGAGUCAAUAGACAAUGCUCCUAUUCAUAAAUCAAACAUAAUGUUCAUGCUGUGGUCCACCAUAAUCCUUAGGUUCUUCCUUGCGGAGUUACUGGGGAGUCACUUGUUUUCCCAUUCUGCAUUUGUGCAGCUGACUGUUCCCAUGCGGUUUUAGUAACUGGCAUUUAACUGUGUUGACUUGCAUCCUAUUUUCAUAGCUGAUUUCCCUAGUUUGUAAAGAUGAUUUUGAGUGCUCAUUCUUCCUCAAUUUGGUAUUAUGGGUGAAUGUGGUAGGGUCACUCUCCCUUUGCUAACAUACAGACCAUUAAUAAAAACACUGAACAGUUCUGGACUUAAGCCUCCGUUCAUCCUUCUAUUAAAUGAAGUUACUAAACUUAGUGAGCACGGUUUUCUAGCUCACCUUUUGGAAGACCAUAUUUCCGGGCAUGCCUAUAAAACUGUUACAUUAAAUAGCCUGACAUGAGAUGUCAGUCAAUUGCUUCCCCCCUGUCCAAAAUAUUUUAGUAGUGACAGAAGACGAAAUAGAGAAACAUGCCCACAAAUGGUUUUUCAAGACAGGAAAUUAACCUAAGUUAGGAAACGCAGAUCAAAUUUCAAAGGCCAUCCUUAAUUAGUACUUCUCUUUGAUAUUACACUGCAAAUGAUUUCCCAGAUAAAUUUUUUCUUCACUUUAAACUGUACUUUUGGGGAAGAUAAAACAUGUAGUUGUUUUAUAGGAGGAAAAACAUGCUAUUUUGCAUUAAAGAUUUAGACUCAUGUAAAAUUUUAUACUUUUAAUGUGACUAAUAAACAGAAUGUAUGUUUUUAUGCAUAAAAAUCCAUCACUUGAGGUCUGGGUUUAUCCAGCAAAUCUUUUAAUUCAAAAAUAUUUACAAUAUUUUUUUCAUGAGAGAGAAAAAUUGUUGUAAAGCAAAAAAACCCCCUCUCUUUUCUUGAGGGAGUUCUGUAUAAAAUAUUGUCUUUGGGGUGAAAAUAUUAUUUUGAUUUUGAGAUAAUGUUUUGGCAAUCUGUAUCUCUAUUUUAAGUAGGGUCCUACUAUUAUUCCCAACGUAGACGCUCGUGUGUAUAUAUACAUGUGUAUUAGAUGUGCUGUUCUUCCUUGCUUUGUACCUGUAAAAUAUAAAUGGUUGUGUGUAUAAAAA